GUUUCUUUUCUUUACUAAAUCCGUAUCCUUCCCUUUCCUCUGUUCCCCUGUCUUUCCCAUCGUCAUGUCUCUAAAUAGACCUACCAUAUGUAUCCUUGGGUGCGGCACCAUGGGUGUUGCCAUCAUUCGUGGCACUUUAGAUUCCAUGGAAUCUGAUUCGAAGAUCAUUUCUGGUGUUACGGCUUCUCGAGAUGACGAUAGACAGUGUGGACAGGAGGAGUUACUUCGCCCAGCCGGAUUUAUUGCUUGUGUGAGCCAUGAAGAGUCGGCCAACAAGCUGCGCAAGGUUCUCGGCGACCAUGCCAGAGUGCUUCAUGGUGAAGCAGGCAAUGUUCAGGGCGUAUCCGGGGCCGAUGUGAUUCUGCUUUGUACGAAGCCCCAGGUAGCUAAAGCGGUUCUUUCUGCACCUGGUAUCAAGGAGGCAUUGACAGAUAAGCUGCUGGUCAGCAUCUGUGCUGGUGUUACAAUUGAACAGCUACAGUCAUGGACUACGCCUACGACGACCGUUAUUCGAGCCAUGCCUAACACACCCUGCAAAAUUCGUGAGGGGAUGACAGUGCUAUCAUGUGGACCCAAUACCGCUGCCCAAUAUCUGACGUUUACCUCCAAGAUUUUCUCGACACUUGGCCGAUGCAGAAUCCUGGAUGAAAAGCAUCUUGAUGCAGUGACAGCUUUAGCUGGAAGUGGACCAGCAUUUGCAUGCGUGAUGCUAGAAGCCUUAGCUGACGGUGGAGUCAUGAUGGGUCUACCUCGCGACGUUGCCACAGAACUCGCAGCACAAGUUCUCCAAGGCGCAGCAAGAAUGGUGCUCACGACAGGAGAUCAUCCAGCGGCCAUCAAGGACUCUGUAACAACCCCAGGUGGAUGCACUAUUGCGGGCCUGCUCACGAUGGAGGACGGUAGAAUCCGUUCUACACUUGCGAGGACGAUCCAGGAGGCUGCAACCGUAGCAUCGACUCUUGGUCGUGAUAAGAAGCCCCAGAAUGAUGAAUAGGUUGUAUUUAUUCAAAUAAACAUAAUUUAAAAAGCCAGGUGUUUUGGCAAAGCCAAG